CUUCUUAAGUUGGGGAUUUGAUCGGGUGAGACAUUGAUUACGGUGCGGGGCUCUUGAUGAUUAGGGUUUUUGGGAGGUGGGAAGAAUUCUGGGGUUUUCUCGUGUUAUACUUGUUGAGGUGGUUUUAGUUUCAGUCUCAAUCGAAUAAUUCUGCGACUGCAUGGUGGUUCUUUGGGAAUUCUGAUGUGGAAUCAUGGAAAUCAAUUUGAUUGCUGCAUGUGGGAAUUUCCAUUAUGUGAUGAAAUUGGUUACGAAUGUGGAAUGGGGAGAAUUGGGUUCUUGAAGCUAUUAUUGAGAUUGGUUAGACUUGCAAGUUUGUCAAAAUUCCAUCAAUUAUAGUCUAGUAGCUUGUGUUUGGUUUGGUUAUCCUGCCUCUAUUUCCGGCAGCUCCAUUUGCAUGUUGGUACUUUUUCCUGGUUCCGUUUGGUUCAGACUAGAUUGACAAAAUAAAUGUAGCAGUGCUUGCAUUUUUAUAUUCCAGUCGAUAUUAAUAUCUGGGCGUUGUUGGCGGAAAAAAAACAAAAAAUCUGGCUGUUGGCCAAGAUUGAAAGCUGUGUUCUUAGAACACUUACAGGUACAGCAGAAGAUCAAGAAAAUUCCAAAGGAAAACGAGGAUCUUAAAAUAUGCAGUCCAAGUCUGAAACUGCAAAUCGACUGAGGACUGAUCCACAUUCUUUUCCACCAAACAAUGUUUAUUCCGAGCCUCCUUGGUGGCGUGGCGUUGGAUACAAUCCUAUGUCCCAAGCAAUGGCUGGGGCAAAUGCAUCGAAUUCAUCCUCGCUGGAAUGCCCUAAUGCUGAUUCUGAAUCAAAUGAUGGUCAAUCUUUGUCCAAUAGUGGGUUGAAUGAGGAAGAUGAUGAUGCCACUAAAGAAUCUCCAGCUGCUGCUCCUAAUCAAUCAGGAAAUUACGUUCAAGAACACCAAGGGAUGCAGCAUACUUCAUCGUCUGCACCAUCCAUGCGAGAUGAAUGCUUUACACAGGCUCCACAGCUCGAACUUGUUGGACAUUCAAUUGCGUGUGCUUCACAUCCUUAUCAGGAUCCCUAUUUUGCGGGAAUGAUGGCGGCUUAUGGACCUCACCAGCUGGGAUAUCCUCCUUUUAUGGGAAUGCCACAGGCCAGAAUGCCUUUGCCCCUUGAGAUGGCACAAGAACCUGUUUAUGUAAAUGCAAAACAAUACCCGGCCAUUCUUAGGCGUAGACAGGCACGUGCAAAGGCAGAGCUUGAAAAGAAGUUGAUAAAAGUUAGAAAGCCAUACCUUCAUGAAUCUCGGCAUCAGCAUGCGAUGAGGAGGGCAAGGGGCACCGGAGGACGUUUUGCAAAGAAAAAUGAUGCUAUUGAUGGCAAAGAAAAGGAUGUGGGAUCUGGUCCAAGGUUAUCUUCACAAUCAGUUAGUUCAUCUGGUUCUGAACCUUUACCCUCUGAGUCUGCUGAAACCUGGAACUCUCCUAAUGUGCGACAAGAUGCUAGAGGAUAUAAACUUUCUGACCAAUAUGAUGCACACAACUAUGCAAACAAUAGUGGCCCUUAUCAUAAUCGUAGUAGCUUGCAGUCUUCCACUUAUCAUUUGCACUCAGGUGAAAGAGUGGAGGAAGGGGACUGCUCAGGACAACAGCGGGGGAGUAUCUCUUCCGAACACACUUCACAGAGGCGUCUUGCGAUUCAGUAGAACCCCAGUACUUGUGGUAUAGAUGCCGAGGUAGGGUUUGUAUCCAAGUGAAAUAGCUAGUCUGUACCUUGGUUAUCUGUUAACAUCCUUGGCAAGUUAUAUGCCAAGCGGCAAAUCAUUCUUGGCUUUUAUUAUUGUGUUUGUGAUGAUAUGGAUGAUAUGAUGUGGGGAGAAGAAUGAUAUGAGUAGGCAGUGACUUCUUUUGAAGCCAAUCAAUCCUACAUUCUCUUCUCAUUUUUGCUUUUUUGUACAGAGAUAGUCGUUAGUGAACUCAAGCCGAGGGAUGCUUGGCCUGGUUAGAAGACAUGGGAAAUUUAAAACUACUGAUUUACCUCCACUGGUUUGAUGAUGGGCCUAGGUUGUGUAACUCAUCGGGUGGUUAACGCUACUUGACUCAUAAUAGAAUGAUAGUAUGAGUUCGGACAGAUUUUGUGGGUUUUAUUUUUAGUUUUGGUUGCCCAACUAAUUAUGCAAUAGGGUUGAUCUCAAUUUCUCUCCCUGUCCACACCUGUUUAAGUUCCCAUUUUCCUUCAUUAGUAAUAUGCAUCGACAUGAAUGGAAGGCUUCUUGAGACCCA